CGAUGAAAAACUUAAAAAUUGCAAAACAAAAAGAUUGGAAGUGUCGUAGAUUGCAACUGAAUUGCAGUGAUUAUUUAAAUUUUCAAGCCGAAAAAUGGCACAAUCGCUUAAAUUGCUCGUCAGGUCAAUCUCCAGCCACAAAAACUUGCUACUAGCGAAAAGAGUACCAAUUUUUCCCUCGAGAAAUGGGUCAAAUUCGUGUUUUUUGUGUGGCAACACCAAACAACUCAAGACUCCUCCGGCAAAAGUGCUUCAGAGUGGUCAACCGAGAAUAUUGUCUCUGAAUAAUUUGUGCAGAUUCUCUUCAACGUCGUCGCCUCCCAACUCUUCAGACGAAAAUGUUGACAAGAAAAUCUACCAAGGGAGUCUGGUCUCUCAGGUCAAGAGCAUCAAGUACUUCACCAUUGGCACAAGCAUCAUGGGGUGCAUCAUCCAGCCCGUUAUCUGGACACGGUUCAUCGAAAUGUACGGGGCAGGCACGACAUACACGAUGGCCUCUUUUAUUGGAUUCUUCACCAUCGUCACUCCCCUCUUGAUUCACUACAUUACCAAAAAAUAUGUCACAGAUAUGUACUACAACUCGGAAACGGAGACUUACACUGCAGUCACUCUUAGCUUUCUGAACGGCCGAGUGGAGACAAAGUUCAAGCAAGAGGAUGUGUUUCGGCCUGAUAUGUUGGGCAUGUUUGAAUCGUUCCGGGUGAACGGAAAACCUCUACUGGUUGAUUCUUCCCUUUUCUUCAACCCUGAAGACUAUGGAAAGCUCAUGGGAUAUGAUAAACCAAUUGAUUUCACGUAUUUUGAGGACAAAGAGAAGAAAUAAAUAGAUGUUAUAAAAGUCGAUUG